AUGGAAGAAGAGUCGCUUUGCUUCUACGACCAAAAUUUUCUGACACAAAACCAGCUAACACCAGAAAACAUAAUUCAAUACUUUUCUUUCUCUCCGUUUUACGAUAAAGGCUGUCUGAAUGAGAUUUUGAAAAUGCAGAGCCAAUUUGCAAAUAUUGACAUUUCCCACAAACUAACAACUCUUCCUGGAAUAUAUUACAUUCUCGAACACCAUAACACAGAUCUUUUCAUAAUUGCAAAGAAAAAGAACACUGAUCAGAAGACCGCAACACUCAAAGUGUACUACUGCAUGUACGGAUAUAUUUACUGUGCGCCCACCGCUAGAGCCGUAUCAAAUUCCAAAGCUAUUGAUUGUCUUUCAUAUUUAAAUGAGGCAUUAAACAAAUAUGAAGAAAUAAAAAGCUUUGAUUGGCUCAGGGGAUUUCAGCUUAGAGCUGACGAGGGAAACAGUGAAUCGCAAGCAGAUGAUGUAAAAUUUGUAUUUGAGACCUUGCACGACUUUGAAGCAAAAAAUAAGUAA